AUGAGAACAAGAAGACGAACAAGCGGAGAUGGAGCCGAAGCAGCUGCGAUUAUUAUCGAACUGUCAAAGUUUUCCAAUGCUAAAGAAGAUAUGCUGAUGUGGUUUCUUCGCGGAGAGUGGGGCACUGCAGGCCAUUCAAAUAUUUCAUCCAUCUUUCAUCGUAAGGCAACGCUCGGCCACAUGUUGCCAAAAUCGUCAUGA